UGACGUAUGGACAGGACUGUGCGAUGCGCUGUGACUGCUCUGUCCACGCCAGCGGCUGUCACCAGCUCACUGGACAGUGUGUCUGUGUGGACGGCUGGAGAGGUGAGCGCUGUGACUCCAACUGCGCACCUGACAGGUGGGGCGCGAACUGUGCCCAAACCUGCACCUGCGAGAACAGUGGCACCUGCCACGCCACCCAGGGCACCUGCGAGUGUGCACCUGGCUUCAUGGGAGACAGGUGUCAGACAGCUUGUCCAGCGGGAAGUUUUGGUCCCAUGUGUAGCGGAGUUUGUUCUGAUCGUUGUCAGAACGGCGCCAACUGUGAUGCCGCCACCGGAGAGUGCAUCUGUGCACCAGGGUUCACUGGGCUUCUCUGUUCUGAUCGUUGUGCUCAUGGUUACUAUGGAGACAGGUGUUCGCAGUCCUGCAGCUGUCAGAACGGCACCUGUAACCACGUGGACGGCACCUGCACCUGUCUGCCGGGGUGGACCGGGGCCGAUUGUGCAGAGACAUGUCCAGCAGGGCGCUGGGGGCAGGACUGCGGGCGGACAUGUGACCACUGCAUGAACGGCGCGACCUGUCGCCCCUGGAACGGGAACUGUGUCUGUACCGCGGGCUGGGCGGGGCCACGCUGCUCCGAGGCCUGUCCUGCUGGAUACUAUGGGGAGAACUGUAACAGUGCCUGUAACUGUGUCCACGGCUCCUGUAACCAUAUCUGGGGGAACUGCACUUGUGACGCUGGCUGGUCUGGGAACAUCUGUAACUUCGAUAAGAACGAGUGUCAGAAUUCCGGGGAUAAUGAGUGCAGCGCUAAUGCAGACUGUCACAACGCCCCUGGCUCCUACCACUGUACCUGCCGUACAGGGUACACAGGGGAUGGACGGGAAUGCCAGCCUGAAAGUGUGGGACCUGUGAUCUUGCGCCCGCUGCCUAUCCUGAACCGCGAGACGGCAGACACCAUACUGUUCCGAUGCCGCUACUCGUACAACCGCCCGGACGGAAGUGGCGUGUUUGUGACCUGGCUGAAGGGAGACGUGAUUCUCUUCCUGGGACAGCUGAAGAGGAUCCACGACGAGAGAAUCACUGUCGACUAUGGGGAGGGGCAGUCUGAUCUGACCAUUAGACAGACAAAACUAUCGGACUCUGGAGCGUACACAUGCCUGAUCAACUCUGUUCCUCCUACUAACUCCACUGGAAUCCUCAACGUCCAGUGUCCUCUUGGAUAUUAUGGGUCAGAGUGCAGAAUUUGUCCGUGCCGGCGUGGCCGUGAGAUGUGUGACCCGUACAACGGCUGUCUGCCAUGUGCAGACGAGCAGACCUGUGAAAAUGUGCUGAUGAAAUUUGAGGGUAGCCUCAGGAUAAUCUCGGAGAGUUGGAAACCAGAAUUGGCUGACAAGACCAGCACAGAACACCAGAAACUGGCUGCCACAGUACAAUUUGGCUUGGAUGAGAUCUACAGAAAGAGCCCUCUAUCUGGAGACUAUCUUCAUGCUAAAGUCAAGCAGUUCAGUGAAGGCAGUGUGGUGAGUGACUUCACCCUGUAUUUCCGUCCGGGGUCGGACAUCGGGCCUGAUGACGUAGGGGAACAGAUGAACGGCAAGGUCAGCAUUGGCGGCCUCAAGGUUGAUCCUACAGCAAGUGGGAUUGAAGGAGACACUGCGAAGCGUAGACCUGGGGAUGGGAAAAGGCCUCGUGAUGAUGAUGAUGAUGGUCCUGGGAAGGGAGCUGUCGCUGGUGCAGUGAUUGGAGUGGUGAUUGUCCUGUUGUUGGUGGGUCUGGCGUUCGUCGCCUACCGUUAUUUCCGCUUGAGGAAGCGUGCUGCGGAACCAACCGUAUCUUAUGAUCGGGGAACGACCAGCAUUGGCGCAGACAACCCUGUCUUUGACAGCAUACCAGGUGCGAUGGCUGCACCUGCUAUGGCUCCAGGUGUUCAGGUGCACAAGGGCGACCACCUGAUGUACAUGCAAAACCCGCUUUACGACCAGGUGAACGGGAUGGUGGCACCUGAAAAGGAACAGCUGCCUCCAGGUGCAGAAGCGCCCCCUCCCUACGAGGAGAACCCGGGGGAACUGCAGCUGACUGAGGAGGAACUGAGGAUCAAGCAGAAGGCUGCAGAGGCAGGUUAUCCUGAGUAAACCACCUGUCAAUCAUAGUAAUUAAAUCAACUGUCAAUCAUCCAACAUACAGAAGCAUCAGCCAAUUGGUGGCGUAGCAACAAUCAUCGAUAGUUUUUGUAGCUGUUGUAAUAUUUGUGCCUUGGGUAAAUCAAACAAAAUUCAACUGUAAGGCUGCUAAAGGCCACAGCAAUUUGAUGGGUGGGAACUCAGAUUUAAAAAGAGAUUCUGCACUAAAAGAUUAACAUGAAAAGAGAGUCUGAGAGGAAAGUCUUUGUACA